AGUGAUUUUCGGAAGAAGGUCCCCAAAAGCCCCACCACUGCGACACCAAUACCUUCCGCUUCAUCACAAAUGCUUGUGCAAAAAAAAGGCUUUCCUUUGAAACCAAACGCCGACCUAAAAAAAAAUCCGACUUUUGCCUGGCGCAAAGUCAUAUUAAAUUCCUUACCGAAGACGAACGCUUGUAAUAGUUAGUCUAUUCUGACUAUUUAUAUCCCUUUGUCAUUCUAUCGUCGUUACUCAUUCUUUCUGCGACUAGCGAUCGGCUGCGACUGCCCCUCCUCUCUCCGUUCGCCUAUUCCGUAAUAUCCUCACCACUCACGCUCACCUUCCCAACUGCUAUCCCACGAAAGGGGAAAUUGCGCACAGCCUAAGGUCGCCUGACUUAAGGUUUGUUGUUAUUCUUUCCUCAGAGACCGAGCUUCUACUCUCCUACCUGGAAUAUUACAAUAUAAAUUACAAAUUGCAAAUCCAUCAACCGUACACAUCCUAAAUCCGAAACUUAACCCUCUUUCUACGCCGAAUUUGUUUCUUCGGUACUCUUCUCGCCAUUCAAAAUGUCGGAACAGGUCGAUCUCACCACCAUCCCCAUCUCCCCUGAAGGCGAGAGUCCAAGGGCAGAAGAGCCUGAUAGCGGCAAGUUGGUCACUGUCUUCCAUGACAAGGACAACUUCAACGUCAAGCACCCUCUUCAGAACAAAUGGACAUUGUGGUUUACUAAACCCUCGAGCGGCAAGGGAGAUAACUGGAAUGACCUGCUCAAGGAGGUCAUUACAUUCAAUUCGGUCGAGGAGUUCUGGGGUAUCUACAAUAAUAUCGCACCGGUUUCCGAAUUGGCCCUGAAAUCCGACUACCACUUAUUCAAAGAAGGCGUGCGACCGGAGUGGGAAGACCCUCAGAACAAGCACGGCGGCAAAUGGUCGUAUCAGUUUAAGGAUAAGCGUAACGUCGACAUUAAUGACCUAUGGCUGCAUACGAUGCUGGCUGCAAUCGGAGAGACCCUCGAGGAAGAGGACGAUGGUGAGGUCAUGGGUGUUGUCGUCAACGUUCGUAAGGCUUUCUACCGUAUUGGUGUUUGGACUCGAACCAUCGGCAAGAGCAUUCCGGGCCGUGGCGAUGGCGAUGUAUCUGGCGGUAAGGGUCGAUCUGUCGAAAAGGGUCAGAAGAUUCUGCUGGCCAUUGGCAAGAAGUUCAAGGAGAUCCUAAAGCUACCCGCUAACGAGAUUGUCGAAUUUUCUGGUCACACCGAUUCAGCUCACAGUGGUAGUACUCGAGCUAAGGCCAAAUUCACCGUCUAAACUGUUAUAUGCCAUCUUGACAGAUAUUCCAAUACUGGAUGCUGUUGAAAUGAUCUGCAAUUUUGAUAUCGGGAGUCGAUAACGCCUUGAUAGAAGUGAUACUAGAGGAAGGGGUCGAGUGCGUCCGCCGGUCAUCUGGUACUAGCUACUGGUACGGGGUGAGUUAUGGUUAGUGAAUUAAAGGAGGGUUAGAUUGCCGGCGGCGGCAGUCUAUCAUUCAUCGAUACUAUGCAGCAUGCUCUUCGGCUGACUGGUACUGGGUGGCAAGCGAUGAAGGAAUGGAGUAAAGGUUGCUCAUGACCCGUCAUGUUUUUCUAUCCAUGUAGCGCGAUUGGCAUUCUCUUUCCCGCAGAUAGAAUGCAAUAUCACACGAAUGAAUUAAGAACAGCAACCGUUGUAAUAGCGAAGCAUACAAUUUGACGUCAAACUGCCUGGCUGACUGGCUGACAUUCACAACUGAUCUAGCAAGAUAUAUU